AACUCUUGGUACAUAAUUUCGGUAAAAAGAUUCUCCUGGCACUGGAACAGGAACAAGUGCCAAAGCCAAGGAGGGGACCUAGUUUCUAUUGAAACCGAAGAAGAGUGGAAUUUCAUCAAUGACGAGAUUCAAAGGCGAAAUAUGACAAAAUAUGACAAUAGAUGGAGUAUUGGUUUAAUAAAAAAGGCCGGGAAUUGGACCUGGGUGAGUGAAAGACCGCUGAAUAUUUGCAAAUGGGGACAAGGGGAGCCAAGCGGUGAACACGACGUGGCUUUCAUGUACAAGCUGGACAGUAAUGGCGAACAGGGCGUGUUUGGUAGCUUGGAGGGUACAAGUUGGAAAAACCAGCAGGCUUGUAUUUGUGAGAUUUCCAAGGGUGAGUUGAUUUUUGUCGUCGUUGUUGUUAAUGUUUCGAGUAAACUAAAAGGCACCAGAAGCGCUUAAGCGUAAUAAAAACAUUAUUUGCUAAAGUUUGCGAUACUCACUAAUGAAUUUAUCAAAAACCCUUUGACAGUCAGGACCAAGUCUACACUUACCUUUGCAAGUUGUAAAGGCUAAUUUCAAUGCAAUGCACCAUGUGCAGUGAACAUAAUAGACUGACCAUCCUGCAUCCAAUUCGAAUAUGGCGGGCAUUUCGAUUGACCUGACAACCAUUACUCUGUAACGAGGUUAGUAAGGGUUACCUCAGUUCUCUCAGAGGGUGUAGAUACAUUUUCUUGUUUAAGAAAUGUUCAAUGCAGAGUUGGAAUUUAAUUGCUAUUCUGCUUAUAAAAAUAUAAACAUAGGCAUGCGUAACAUGCAAGAGUUAUUCUUUUGGCUGGGAGAGUUUAGGAGGGAUGCUUUGUGUUCCUAACGCUAUUAGUUCUGUAACAGAAAAAGAGCGUAACUUUUAAAGUAACGAAAAUAUCGUACUACUUCAACCUAGGAGAAAGAACAAAAAAAACUAAUUGAUCUAAGCUUACACAAGUAUUUUGUGGUCUAUUGUUUCUAUUGUUUAAAAAACCCCUAAACAAAAAUAAAAGGCAUCAGAGGCACGCCUACUGUUGUCUAAGCAGUGCUCAACUUGAAUAGUAGUGCUGCUCAAAACGGAACAAUUUGUUACUUUUUGGAUUGACUAAUUCCUCUUAUUGCAUUUGCGAUAUUUUUCAGCAGAUCCAGCUCAUGGACAAAACUCUUCGCAGGACUCUUACCAAGGCUAUGUUGAACCACCUUGCACGCAACAAUAUGGCAAGAAAGGUUGAUCAUUUUAAUGGUGUGCAGUAUGUCUCAAGUACAACAAAUGACCCGUUCCCCGUUCUCAGAAAAGCAAAGCUACCAAAUGAUGACAGAGAGGGGGGGGGGGGAGGAACGCCAGACUAGCGUGAUUGCUAGGGCGAGCUAAUGUUAUAAGCUCGCGAUCAUUUAUCCGAUCGGCCAUGUUUGAUUUGGAGUUAGAGUGGACGGUGGGGGUAAGGGGUGGGGGAAGUGCAGGAAGACCCCUGCCUGAGGAGAAUGUUGAAAAGCAAAACAUCCACCAAUUAGUUGUGCCUCACUGCAUUUCCGAUAAUGAACAGGUAACCAAUCAAAAUGAAUUAAAUUAUCAACUGGAAGUACGUGAAACAGCGCUAGCGAGACAGUCUUUUUUCAGCCAGGAAAGAGAUGGCUUUGACAAAACGUCCUCUGCGUCACAAACAUAAGCUGAUAUUUAUUGCACCCUAUAUUUCCCAAACGACAAUCCUUGAUUAUAGCUGCCUAUAAUCUAGCUAUUGGACGAUUUUUUUUCAUUUGAUCGUGAACGAUACUUUGAAACACAAACAACAGCACCCUAAGGUUUACGUGCCAUAAUUUGUUUGAUGCAAAUCGGCACGCUCCGGUGAAACGGUGUGGCCACUAUUUUCAUCAACAAUAAAAAGCAUCCAAAACGUCCUCUUCUGACGCAAAUACGAGUUGAUAGUUUUCGCACUCUAUCUCGUCCAAACGACAAGCCGUGUGCGUAGCUACCGGUAAUCCAUUUGAUCAUAAACAACAAUACGUGUACGAAGCUGACAAACGACAACUACGCUCGAAGGUUUCUCUCGUGCAAACCAAUAACUGAAGUAUCAGGCUUUUCCCAAAGCCAUUUGACAACGCAGCCAGUAGAUACUUUCCAGAACCAGUGUAGAAGCUUCUUUUUGUUCCGAUUUUAAUGCGCUAGACAUAUUAAAUUGUGAAAGACACUUAAGUGCUUCCUCGAAAGCGGAAUCGAAACUAGCAACUUCAUCAUUUACAGAGUUUGCCAUCUUUCGCAUUUUCCCGCAAGAGCUAAAUCUGUAAAUGCCAUUUGGCUUAUGAUUCACAGCUGAAGCUUAACUACACCAAUCAGGAACUCCGAUCGUAGGCAAACGGGUUUUGCAAAAUAAUGAUGACCUCGGACAGGCGUAAUAUCGAUUCCCCUACCCCUACCCUUCUCCUUAUUAAUGACCGUCGGCCACCCAUAUCGCAGGCGCGAAGAUCUAGAAAACUCCCGCGUGUUUUCCAAGGUUCACUUACAAGCGUUGACAGUCACCGCUGUGAUUUCUUUUGUUUAACUCGACUCUUUUCUUAAAUCUGCCUGCCCCACCCAAGCAUUGCGGUGCUUUUGAUACUUUCGACGAUUAGAAAUUAGGCUUUUUUAAUGGCAAAAUCAGGGUUUCCUUUUUCCCAAGUUUUCCUGAAAAUGUGCCGGUUAGAAAAAAACAAAAAACAAACAAACCGUUGUUACAUGAAAACUAAAUAAUUAUGCUAGAAGACUUUUUCCAGCGAGACGAUCAAAGUUAAACCUAAAAAAUCCAAAAAGGGUCGGUAAAUUAGUAGCAAACAGCUCAAGAUGAAAUAAGAAAUUAAUACAAUUAGUACGUCAUACUCAGUGGUUUAACAAUUAAUACGCGCGGAUAUUUUGCGACUUGCGUGGCAUUUUCCGAGUCCCGUAAGGGCGAAUUGAAAUGACAAAAACUGGGCAAAAUGUGUACUCGUAUUAUAUGUUAAACCAGUGAUUAAGGGAUGUAUUAUUGCAUCACUACCUCAUUUACUAAUAUUUUUUAAAAACAUCUUACAUCCCUAUCUUAGCAUCGAUCAUACCAGACGUAUGCGAAAGACAAAUAUAAUGCAAAGGAAACAAUGAGAGUGCUCUGUACAACCAAUCGAGUGGAUUUAAGAGUUUUGAUCGUUCAUAGCGGCCAUUUUGUUACUCUGCUUUCCGUCGCAUUUUGGCCCUCAAGUGUAAUACUAAGGUAAUUUUAUCUUGUGAUAUAAUCUUGAUGUUUAUUUUUCCUUAAAGAUUCAUCAAUAUCUACACUACCCUCGCCAUCGCCCUCGCCAUCGUUGUCACCAUCGCCCUCGCCCUCGCCCUCGCCCUCGCCCUCGCCCUCGCCCUCGCCCUCGCCCUCGCCCUCGCCCUCGCCCUCGCCCUCGCCGUCGCCGUCGCCGUCGCCCUCGCCCUCGCCGUCGCCGUCGCCGUCGCCGUCGCUGUCGCUAUCGCAGCUGGUAUGUUUUCUAAAUAGUCACUACAGUUUUUAUGCAUGUCACUUUUCAGGAUCUUCUCGGUGACGCACAUUUUUUUUUAAUUCUAGGCAAAGGAGUAUGUUUCAAAAUUACGCGAAAUAAAUAUUACCAGAAAGAGUUCCAUACAGGUAUCCAAUGUUCAUAACUUAACGGCUUUUUAACUUUGAUAUAUGAACGAUAAAAAGUAAUUAUUAUAUAGAUAGCGAGAUUUACGCGCCAAAAGGCAUCGAGAUAAAAAUAGUCUCUUCGGUCUAGAGAAGCCAACUUAUUGGUAUUACGAUUUUUUUACCAAUGAAAAACGACGUAUCGACGAUCCCAAUGGCUGUAUCAUUAUUUUCACUGGUGAACAAAACCGUGUCGCUCACUCGCCGUUCCUCUUGACUGACAAAAAGCACAUUCUAAGAGCUUAAGCGCAUUUUUCUUUGGAAAGAUGGCUUCAAAGCAGACUGACCAUUUUCAGAGCCUAGAUUCGUCAGUAGAAGAGUUCAUAGACGGACAGAAAAAUGAAAACACCAAGAAAAAGAGCAAACACGAUGUUGCUCUCUUCCACUAAUUUCUUGUUUUGAAAGGCGAGACGAGAACUGUGAGGCGGCUUGAUCGCGCGUUGUUUUCCUUCGAAAGUUUAUCUUUGAGUUCUGUUCGCCUUUGAAUCUCGGUAUGUAUAUAAUAAAUAAGUUAUUUGACGGUUAGUUCCCUUGUAUUAUUUUUAUUCACUCGUUGCGUAAAAAUCGUAUGCGCUCACCAACCGUGAAAUAACCUUUAAAUAUAUAGCCUUUAAGGAUAAACCACCAUUCAAGCCAUAUGAGGUGAGGAUGGUGAGGCUUAAAAAAUAAUCCAGUCUCCUAAGAGAGUUUUUUCGCCAAUGAAUACCCUGAACACCAUUUGGGGCCUCCUGCUGGACUUUUUUCGCAUCUUUGAUAUGAAUUGUAUAUAUGAAACUCGCUAGUCAAUGACAUGGAAAUAUUUUAUGUAAUUGUAGGAAGCGGUAGCUGUGUUUGAAGAUUUCACCAUAAAAAUCAAGAACUUCACAAAAGACAAGGCCAGCGUGAAAGAAGUUAAAACACUGAAAAAAUCCAUCUUUGAGGUGGCAGAGGCCGUCGAAAAAUUUGCUCUUAAUUAUAGCAAGCGACACCAGAGUAAAAUGAAGACUUCAGAAAGGAUCGUUUCCCCAAAAAUGGGUGAGGUUGCGGCACUCAAUCCCGUUUAGUUUUAAAGCCUAUUCCUUUUUCGCUUACUGACUCGCUGACUGGACCGAAUAAGUGGUCUAAUUCCCUAUAGCUAGAUAAUGUAAGAACUCAGUUGUAUGCAUAACUUUUUAGAAACGUUAUAGUUGGAUGUCAUCGAUUGAUCUGUUCUUUUACUUUGUUCGACACUUUGAUUUUUCACGGUGGGGAAGGAAAUUCAAGGUAUUCUUGAACAAUCAACAAGAAAGAAUCGGAAUCCUUCAAAUUGUGAAACCCUUCUUCUCACUCUGUUUAUUGAAACUUUUCUUAAAUAAUAGAUCGGUGAGUAACACUUUACUAACUGAAAUUGACAAAUCUAAUAAAUACUUUCCGCUUACUUCAUAUAGUACACUGGGCUCAAAAUUGGCCUAUCGUCUGCGAUGCAUGUAAAUGCAAGAUUUUAACCGUACUUGUAAAAACUCCCCAAUGAACUCUAUAGUUCUCCAAAGAGGCGGUUCGAGGAACGAAUUGAGUUUUGAAAAUUUCAUUCCGUCCACUGCUACUCACUUUUUCAUCAGUUUUACAUUGAAGAACGUUUUAUAAAUGGUUGAAAUCGAAUAGUCGUUGCAGGGCAAAUGAGAUACAAACAAUACACGUUCAUCAAUUAAGAUUAUGAAAUAUUUGUGUACACCGCAAAACGCAUUUUUGUCUAGAUGUGCUAUUGCAAAUUUCACCGUAGGUGCUUUCAUUUGUCAUUUUUUUUCCGACAGUUUUGGUCAUUCAAAAAGCCUAACGCCAGAAUGCAAGUGGCCUCCUCUUUGAGGAACAACAAUGGCAAGCGAGGAUCGAUAUCGCUUCUUCAAAUUUUGAGGAAAAUGGUUCGUAUUGACUAUUGUGGUAACUUUACAACUUUUAGUAUUACCUUGAUUUCUCCAAUCGAAAUUUCUGUAUUGAAACAAAGUCUAUCUUCUUUAAUCAUUCGCCUUCCUUAUAAUGUUGUUUAAUAACUUUUUUGUUGAUUCUGGGGGGGUUUUAAGGAUCACUGGUAGUUGCGUCUAUGUACAAGGAUCUCCAUGAUCUACUUCUGACAGAUCAAGCCGUCAGGAAUGAAACAGGCAACCAAAGGUGACGUUACUUUCAUAUUAUUCCAUGUCGUUUACCCCCAAAAACACAUAACUCGGAAACACAUAAGAUCUAAAUUCAACUAACCUGAACUUAGGGACUUUCCAACAACCCUAACUAAGGAUGGAAGACUCCCUGUUUGUCCCUGACCGUUCCACCUUCUUAAAAAAAUCGAUUGAAUCUAUCAAAAGUAUGUAAUGUUGCUUCCUUGCCUCUGAUCCAUUUUCAAAUAAAAUUUCUUCAUAGGUAUAUUAACUCCAGGAUAAUGGCCGUAACUAUGGACCCCAAGGCAAAGAAAUUGGGAGAAAAUGUCAUACUAAGGUUCAAAAACCUAAAGGUAACAUGAAAAUUAGUUGCAAUGCGUUGUUUCUAUUUAUCCUGACAAGAUAAAAUCCAUUUUCAGGCAAAAAAAAAUGGGAGAAAAUGUCAUACUAAGGUUCAAAAACCUAAAGGUAACAUGAAAAUUAGUUGCAGAGCGUUGUUUGUAUUUAUCCUGACAAGAUAAAAUCCAUUUUCAGGUCUUGGCAGCCGAGAAGCGCUGUAUGUUUUGGAGUGGCCUCAGAAAAAGGUAAAAAAACUAUUGUAUACUAUUGUAUGGUAUUCAUUCCUUCUUAAAUUAAAUUAAGUACGGAGGAGAAUGAAUGAACUUUCUCAGAUGUUUUUGCGCAGAUGAACACUUUCCUGGAACAUGUUGUCGUUUUUAGAGCGGAAGAAUGUUCUCGCAGCUAUGACUACAAUGGAACAAAAUCUUAGCGCAAAAUUUUCAAACAUCACCUCUUACCCAAACGAUGAAUAACUUUUUAACUUUACUUUUAUUUUAUGUCUGACAGCUUUUCAGAGGAAGGAUGCCAUGUAGUUACAUCGGAAAGCAACUCAGAAGAAACAGUUUGCAGCUGUAAUCAUUUGACGCAUUUUGCCGUCUUAAUGGACUACGCCGGUAGCACAAAGGUAAUAGAAUUAUUUUUGCCUUACUCAAUAAUUUUAUGGGUUCAAUUAACUAACUCAAUAUUGUCAUUUAAUUUUCCUUUUUUAACACAGCUCACCGAGGACGACGAAACAAUUCUGAGAAUUAUCACUUACGCGGGACUGAGCCUUUCCAUCGUCGGAAUACUUUUAAGUAAUGUACCUGAAUAAUAAUGAGGUAGAUUCUUAAUUCUCCUCAACAAGGCUGGUAAGAAAAGAGAUCUCAGUGAAACUCUCCAUGCAAACAAGAACAUGCAUGUUGGAUAAUUCACAAAUUCAAGCAACAUUUCACGCCCCGUCACGAACUCUUGAACAUCUCAUGUCUUCAGUCUGUUGUUGUUGUUGUCGUUGUUGCUUUUGUCUAAUUCAUUUUUUUCUUCUUUUUUUUUUUUUUACUAUUAUCUCAUCAGAGAUGUUUGUCAACCUCUCUCUCAAAUUCGACUGAGUGUUUCUGUGUCCCUUGGAGGUGGACAGAUCAUCUUCCUCGCCGGAAUAAACGCCACAGAAAACAAAGUCAGUGGCGCCUCCUUCUGUCUAUAGAAUGAGUUUACUCUUUGCACCGUAAAUAUCUUGUCGAAAGGAGCACUUUAAGAAGUAUACGAAAACUCUUCCUUUUCACAGGCUGCCUGUGUUACAAUAGCAGCUCUGAUGCAGUAUUUCUUGAUGGCCGCUUUCUUUUGGAUUCUAAUCGAGGGAAUAUAUCUCUACUUCUUCGUUGUGAAAGUUUACAACAUUAACACCAAGAUGUUCAUGUACCACGUCAUCUCAUGGGGUAAGUUCAUUAUUUUACAUCAUGCGUUGGUAACUGUAACCAUGCUUUCGGAUCGCCAAGUCUGGUGUUGUCAUGCAGUAAAGUAUAUCGAUUUCCUUCCUUUCUUUAUGGGUAGGUCUUCCAAUGAUCAUGGUGGCCAUUUCACUUGGCAUCGCUGCUAGGAAAGAAGGGUUACAAAGCUAUACGAGUGAUAAAUAGUAAGGAAAAUGAUUCAACGGUUUCUUCUAACUCUUCUCCUUCAUUGCAUUCUUUCUUUUGUAGUUUUGUAUAUAGUUUAGUAUCAUUUCAUUCGCUGAAAAUUUGUCUUCCUUUUACAUCCUUGAGUUUAGUUGCUGGCUUUCCUCGACUAAUAACCUGACCUGGAUAUUCGUCGCCUUCGUCGCUUUCAUUGAAGUUGUGAGUUUAUGAUUAGUGUUGGUGAUUUGGAUUGUGAUUGGUAUACCUGCACUAAUUACUACCAAAGACUUUCACUACUCUUUCAAAUGGGAGUUCAGUAUUUACCAUACGUCCUCACACAAUAUUUACCAUUUCCUUUUUUCCUAUUUACCCACAAUAAACUUUGGACGUAGCUGCUGUCUCGGGGAUGUUGGUCAAUUUUUAACCUGGUGUUUGCCUUCAUAGGCAUGAGAUAGCUUCAUUUACAUAGUAUGAAAACAAAAACGUCUCCCCCUUCCUUGUUUCACAUUGAUAUACCAAGAUAUGAUUUUCGCGGAAAAAUAACUCAUAAAGCAACAUUUCAAAAGGGGAAAGGAACAGAAAGAGUAGGAAAUAUUGCAUUUAUAUCAUUGAACAUGAGGCUUCACUUGGCGUAGUUCUUUCAGUGUAGACACUUUCGUUCGCGAUUUCUUUAGCUCAUUGGUAGAGGAUCGAAGCUCAUACUCUAGGUCCCACGGUUGAUUGUUAUAUUUCCUGUAGGAAGAGAACUCUACGCCCGACCCUUGUUACAAAACUAGUAACGUCUUUUGCAAGAAAGGAUCCUCUCUCACUUCGGCGAUUCAACUACCAUAUCUGAAUACUUAAUUUAUUUUUAUUGUAUAUUUUAGCUCAACGUCUUGAUACUCCUACGAGUCAUAAAGGAGAUGACCAAUCUGGUGCAGCCAACAGCGAAAGACAACCAUUUUCAGCAAAUACGGUAAGAUUCACAACAUAAAACUAAAAAAAAAUAGUAGAAGAGAUUGCCUGUGAGGUUAUAUUCGCCAAAUGUUCUCAUUCCUUGAUCAGUAAGGCCUUACGAUAUCUAAAAAUGAAAGUUCAUUGUCAAACGAAAAAAAGGAACAUUUUCUUUUAAUUCCUAGAAUUGGCAUCAAAGCAUGCGUGGUGAUGAUUCCCCUGCUGGGUGUCACAUGGCUAUUCGGUCUCCUCUCGCCUUUACAUAAAGCUUUCGCCUACAUCUUCACCAUACUUAACUCUACUCAGGUGAGUGUUUGAUGGUAACUCUCAAAAAGCAUUCAAUCUCGAUUACAUAUUUAACUUUCUAACCAAGUGAGACACCAUUAAAAUGGUCAGAUGAUAUUUAUGAAAAUUUUGAGAAAAAAUACAACCGUUAACUACGCAAGAGAAGACAGCUCUCCAUUUAUGAGAUAUGCAAGUUUCCUCCCUUCUUGGAAAUCUUAAUUAGAUAUUUGACUAAUUUAUUUGAAUCUUGUAAAACUAAUGAUCUUGGAAUAACUGUUAUGCUGCAGGGUUUCCUGAUUUUCGCUCUACACUGUAUGCGAAACACAUAGGUAAGGAAAAAAUGAAACUGACUAUAGACUAACUGCAUAUCAUCAAGUUUUAGUGUUUGAAUAAAUAUCCGAGGGCUAAGAACCAUAUUUCAUGUUUCUCAUCUAUCUGCAGAUCAGAGAGCGAUUCAAAAGAAAGAUCAACAUCGUUUUUCCAUCCUCUAUAAAGAAGAGGAAGAGCUCACGUGUCAAUCCAAAUGAGGUUGGGGAUGUAUGGGCAGUCGAACAGCAGUAUUGUGCUGAAUUUGAAUCGAAAUCGCACUUAACUUAA